AUGGCAACCACAUUUACCACUCCAAAAAAGCAGCUCACCUUCCUUAUCACAGGUUGUUCCUCCGGUUUUGGGCUAUCUCUCGUCGGUUUAGCACAAGCUGGCGGACACACCGUUAUUGCUACCUCGCGCAAUCCUUCGAAGACUCCUGAACUUGUGAAAGAGGUCGAGAUCAAGGGCGGUAAAUGGAUUCAGCUAGAUGUUGACAGCCCUGACAGCUCAAAGGUCAUCGAGGAGCUUGAAAGCUCAGGCCAAGAGAUUGAGUACUUCACUUCCCUUCAAACCCUAAAUAUAUGUCUCAAUAAUGCCGGCUUUUCAAUAUUUGCGACCGUCGAGACCUCCACCGAAGAGGAAAUCCGUUCUCAGAUGGAGACGAUGUAUUUUGGUCCUCUGCGUCUCAUCAAAGCAGUAUUGCCAUACAUGCGCCAGCGCCGCUUCGGCAUAAUCGUCAGCAUGAGCAGUGGAGCGUCCCUUUCAGGCGCACCGACCAUGGGUCCUUAUGCCGGAGCAAAAGCUGGACUUGAUGGAAUGACCAAAGUCCUGGCCAAAGAGGUUGCCGCAUACAACAUCCGAACCCUGACUGUGGUCCUCGGCACCUUCAACACUAGCCUGGGCCUGAACGCAAUCUUUGGAAAGAUCCCUCUUCCAGAAGAUUAUAAGCAGACAACGGCAGAAAACAUGAUCACUUGGUUGAAGACUGGCAAAGUUCCGAUCAACGGUGACAAGGACAAAGCAAUGAAAGCCGUUUAUGAUGUUGUGGUGGGUCAGGGUAUCGGUUCUGGGAAAGAAGCUGAGCCACUUCUGCUCUUAGGUAGCGACAUGGUUCCUAGGGCCAAACUUGUGCAGGACACACUUGCGCACAGCUUGGAGGUAUUUGGGAGUUUCACUAACGGUGUCAACAUCGAUAAGUGA